AGGUGGGUUAUUUGUUCACGGAGGACACUUCCGGGUACAUGUUUGACUAUGAGCUGCAUUCGCUCUCGCUAGCACAUAAACAAUACAUUCUCUGGUAUAGUUUUCUUACUAUACAUGAUGAUAAAUUAAACACGUCACAUAACAGAGAUAUGAUAGUGGGACUUAUAGGUAUUCUUUGAAGGAUAACGAGCCUUUUACGAGUCAACUGACAUCGACUUCCGACAAUGUUGCUGAAUCAGUGUCGCCUCUCCAAAGCGCUGCAGCUCACCCUGGCGGUCAUUAAACCAGAUGCAGUGGCUCAUCCUCUCAUCAUGGAGGCUCUUCACCAAAGCAUCCUGGAUAACAACUUUGUUAUUGUUCGACGCAAAGAUUUAGUGUGGAGAAGAGCUGACUCAGAGAAGUUUUAUGCCGAACAUUCAGGGCGAUUCUUCUUUCAGAGACUUGUUGAGUUUAUGUCAAGUGGUCCCAUGCGAGCGUAUAUCUUAGCCAGAGAGGACGCCAUUCGCCACUGGAGAGAAAUGAUGGGUCCGACCAAAGUGUUCCAAGCAAGAUACACAUCCCCUGGGUCUCUGCGAGCUCAAUUUGGACUCACAGACACACGAAACACGGCUCACGGCUCAGAUUCUACAGAGUCUGCUCAAAGAGAAAUAGCUUUCUUCUUUCCUGACUUUGGUGUGGAGGAGUGGAUGGAGAUGGAAGAACCAGCCUUCAGAUCAGGACAGAUAUAUUAUGACCAUCAAAAACAUGUGCAUGCACUCUCAGCACUGAGUUGACCCCAGAUUCACUCGUGACUAUUUAACUUGGAUGUUGGUUACUAAAACAAAGAACUUGGAUGCUAGUUACUGGGACAAAGACCAUUUUUAUUUGAAUUAGAAAACACAAAUCCUUACAGAUCGUAAGACACAGAAGUACAAACAACACAUAAGAUAGCAAACAAACUGGCCAGACUUCACUGUUAGUAGUGCAAUCUUCCAUCAAGCAUCCUGAGACACAGCAGAAAUUACCUAUUGGCCCUUUUAUCAAUACUAAAAAAGUAUUUAUUUAUGAAUUGAAUACACAGUUAUAUACUUUCACCCUUUAAAAAAGUGUUUUAAUUGUGCCAAGUCAUUAAAAUCCAUCCAUUCA